AUACCUCAUGGAUUUGUACCUUGUUGGAUAUCUACAUCUUCUGUGCAUGUGGUUGUCCAGCUCUCAAGUGCUCGGAGGCUAUCCCAUCUGGUGGUCCCUAGCCCUGGGGCAGCAGUACUCGUCUCUGGGCUCACAGCCCAUCCUGUGUGGCUCCAUUCCUGGUCUAGUUCCCAAGCAGCUGCGCUUCUGCCGCAACUACAUCGAGAUCAUGCCCAGCGUUGCCGAAGGGGUCAAACUGGGCAUCCAGGAGUGUCAGCACCAGUUCCGCGGUCGCAGAUGGAACUGCACGACCAUAAAGGACAACCUGGCCAUCUUCGGCCCUGUGCUGGACAAAGCCACUAGAGAAUCUGCAUUUGUCCAUGCAAUUGCUUCAGCUGGUGUGGCAUUUGCAGUGACUCGGUCCUGUGCAGAAGGAACCUCCACCAUGUGCGGCUGUGAUUCCCACCACAAAGGGCCACCAGGUGAGGGCUGGAAAUGGGGUGGCUGUAGCGAGGAUGCUGAAUUUGGGGUUCUUGUAUCCCGAGAGUUUGCAGAUGCCAGAGAAAACCGUCCAGACGCUCGUUCUGCCAUGAACCGCCACAACAACGAAGCGGGACGAAUGACCAUCCUGGAGAACAUGCACCUGCGCUGUAAGUGCCAUGGCUUGUCAGGGAGCUGCGAGGUGAAGACAUGCUGGUGGGCGCAGCCCGACUUCCGCUUGCUGGGCGACUAUCUGAAAGACAAAUAUGACAGUGCGUCCGAGAUGGUGGUGGAAAAACACAGAGAGUCCCGGGGUUGGGUGGAGACACUGCGAGCCAAGUAUGCUUUCUUCAAGCAUCCCACUGAGAGAGACCUGGUCUACUAUGAAGGCUCGCCCAACUUCUGCGAGCCGAACCCAGAGACAGGCUCAUUCGGCACACGCGACCGCGCCUGCAACGUGUCGUCUCACGGCAUCGAGGGCUGUGAUCUCCUCUGCUGCGGCCGUGGCCACAACACGCGGACUGAAAAGCGCAAAGAGAAGUGCCACUGUAUCUUCCACUGGUGCUGCUACGUCAGCUGCCAGGAGUGUGUACGAGUCUACGACGUGCACACGUGCAAAUGAGGAGCGCAAAAAGUGCAGGGGUGGCAAGGGAAGAACGAAAGACUGAAAGAAAUAGGACUGAGUAGCCUAUGCGUGUACACACACACACACACACAAAAUUGUACUGAACUCAGAACACACACCGUGCAUCAUGGCACUUCAGUACCUGAACUUUCAAUAUCCCUUAACAGUUUCUGGGAGAAUUAGUUACCAUGUGAUUACCACUAUCAUUCCUGAUGCAUUCCUUUUUCUUUUUAUUUAUUUCAGCUGUGGUGUGUGAAAAGAGUGUAACACAUUAUUACCUGAACCCUCAAUGUCUUCUGGUAUCACUCUACCUGUCAUUCUAGCUCUCUGAUCAUCUCUCCUGAAGGCCUGGUGGCUGAAACCGUAUCUGCCCGAGACACUCUCUCACUGUACAGACAAGAACCGAGCCGGAGGGGGCUGCUGAGAGAAGGAAGGGGGUGAAGGAGGGAGUACAUGUACUUAACUACUGAUCAUUUUGAGCCUGAAGCGUAACUAAAGGCUGGGGUCUUUAAGCCCGAAUAGACUACUGAUAUUGACGUAAUCCUCAUGCUUUCCCCAACGCCUUCCCUGAUCCUGCAUGGGUGCACCACUUAAAGGAGUACUCCAGAAAUGUAAUGCCCAUCUGUCUUCUGCGUCUCGAGCAUAUGUGUAAUUCACACACAUGAAUCUCAACAUAUUUCUCGAUACACAGAAAAUACCUAAAAUUUGCAAAUAAUGGAAGUCGUCUUCAGGUAGUUGUUGAAUUCAGGUCAAUAUUUAAAAUGCAUGACACACACACACAAAAAAACCCGUACACUGGAUUCCUUUUACAAAUCUAAAAUGGAACUCUAUGGACAGUCACUGAAUUCUGUCAGGAAAGGUUCAUCAAAUAAAUGUUUUAAAAUACAAGGGUACUUCAAAAAGUUCUCGGCCUCACCCAGAAAACAUCACAGGAGAAAGAUUGUUCUUGUGUUAUUUUUCAACAUGGUCUCCUCUAACUUCAACGCACUCAGUCCACCGAUGUUGAUCCCUUCGAGGAGGAAGCUCACAUCUCGAGUCUCCAGAUCCUCCUCAACAGCAUGGAUGACUUCAUCAUCACUCUGAAAAUGUCAACCACAUGAGUGGGGUUUCAGUUUGGGAAACGGAGAGAAGUCAGACAAUGUCAGGUCAGGUGAGGAAGGUGCAUGGGGCAACAGUUCAAAGCCAGAUUUGGUUGCUUCUGCCCCCUGUGCUGUGUGGAUGGGCGCAUUGUCCUGGAGCAACAGCACGCCAGCUCCAAGCAUUCCUCACCGUUGUUCUUUAAUUGCUUCUUUCAUUUGAGUUUUUGUGGACAGUGAUAGAAGGCUUAUUCCCCAAAAUGGGAGUUAUGCCCCUUGUUUCCAGGUGAGGCUGAGAACGUUUUGAAGUACCCUCGUAGAUGACUAGUUUUAUUUCGUUUUGGCCGGGCAUCGCCCGAACUAAUCACAUCAGUUUUUCUUUGGCUAAUCAGACACAAGGUACACCAUCACUCUUGCUGGAGCAGUUGGGGGCUUGGUGCCUUGCUCAAGGGCACUUCAACCAGUCCUGCUGGUCUAGGGAAUCAAACCAGCAACCUUUUGGUCCCAAAGCUGCUUCUCUAACUAUUAGGCCAUGGCUUCCCCAAGUAGAUGACUAAAUAAUGAUAAAUUACAACUGUUACACUGAAUUCCUUUUACAC